AUGAACGGCAAAGAAUGCACUAGCCAGCGAGUCGAUUUCGACCCUAAGUUGGAGGCCAAGCUUAAGAAGUGGGGCGUCAAGCGCUGUCCCAAGUGCAACGCUGGUGUCAGACUUAUGUAUGGCUGUCCACAUGUGCGCUGUCGCUGUAGCUAUAGUUUCUGCUUCGGCUGCCUUCGAGCGAUCGAGGAGUGCGAGGGACGCUGUGGAGAUGGGUACGGCCCCGAGGACGAACUGAGUGAGGAGGAUGAAGAGGAGAUCACCCAAGAAGGGGCGGAUAUAGAACUCGAGAGCCAACCUCAUCGUCAUGUGUCUCCGCCCGGAGGUCACGGAGAUGAAGCUCUUCCUGCAGGAACUUUUACCGGUGUCCGCGUUGCUGCGGAGGGCAAGAAGCCCGAGGACAAGGCCGACAAGAAAGAUGACUCGGAUAUCGACCUCGAUGAAGGCAUUGGCUCUGAGCUUGACCUGGGAUCGGAUCCCGACGAGCCUCAAGAAUGGCAGUGCAGGCAUACAUCUUGGACCAAGACCACAAUCGAUGGCCCAGGCUGGCGUGACCCUGCCACCGUCUGCAACUGGUGUAAGAGCUCCCAUUCUGAACGGGAGAGACUGAAGGAAGAAGCAUUAAGCAAACUUCCGAAGGAACCACUUCGUUUCAGGAACACAAUUAGCGACAUUACGAACCCUACACCUCAACCUCACUUCGACAUGAUGAUUUGCGUGCAGUGCGGCGUGCGGAUGUGCGAGAAUUGCGCCAAAGCUUUGGGCGUAAAAUAG